UGAAUAGCUCAAACAGAAUAAUUAUUUUCUAUAGAGACAACUUUCGGUCCAGCGGUGCGCACUUGUUUCACGAUAACUGCCGUUCUAUUUACGUUUUUAUUUCUGUGACACCUUUUCCCUCAGUCUGGUGGAAGCGCAGAAAUAAGCACAGAGCGUCUGAUCUGAUCUACUCUGUGGUGGUAGAUGGGGUGAUGAAGGUUAGAUGUUUUUAGUGUUUGCUCUAGACUAUGAUCCCAUUAAAACGCAGGAAAGCCUCUCUACCUGUAAGCCAACAGGAUGACACCUGUAAAUUUCCCCAUGUUUCUAUAUUCAUCUUGGAGAGGAAGAUGGGAACAUCUAGAAGAGCAUUUCUUACACGACUAGGACGGAGCAAAGGAUUUCUUAUUAAAGAAACCUACAGUUCCUCCAUCACACAUGUUGUGUCAGAAAACAACAGUGGAGAUGAAGUCCAGGCCUGGCUGGACAACCAAACUGGACGAGACGCCUCCAGUUCUGUCCAUUUGUUGGACAUCAGGUGGUUUACGGAGAGCAUGGAGGCAGGACAUCCUGUUAUAGUUCAGGACAGACACAUAUUAAAGGUUAACCCAAAACCCAACGGAGACCCCACAGCAAUGCUGAUGAAAAGUUACGCCUGUCAAAGACGAACGCCUUUAAAACACCACAAUUCAUUUCUAACAGAGGCUCUUGAAAUCUUGUCUCAGAAUGCCGAAUACAAUGAUAAUGAAGGACGGAGCGUGGCGUUCAGACGGGCGGCAUCAGUCUUGAAGGCGCUUCCCCGGCGCGUGAGGAGCAUGCAGGAUCUGAGGUGUUUGCCCUGCCUGGGUGACCAUUCACAGAGAGUUAUAAAGGAGAUUUUAGAAGAUGGAUCAUCAAGAGAAGUAGAGUCAACAAGACAAUCAGAGCAAUAUCAGGCCAUGAAGGCACUAACUGGUAUUUUCGGGGUGGGUGUGCGGACGGCAGAUCGCUGGUUUAGAGAGGGUUUGCGAUCUCCAGACGAUUUGAUUCGCAGAGGACAACAGUUGAACCGUGAACAGCAAGCAGGAGUCCAGUAUUACGAUGACCUCCAGAAACCCGUCACUAAGGUGGAGGCUGAUGUCAUCAGUGAUAUCGUUGAGAAAGCUGUGCACGCUGUGCUGCCCGGAGCAGAGAUCCAGCUCAUGGGAGGCUUCAGGAGGGGGAAGGAAGUCGGUCACGAUGUGGACUUUCUCAUAACACAUCCAGAGGAAGGAAAAGAGGAAGGACUGAUGCCUAAAAUCACAAACUGGCUGAAGGAGCAGGGUUUACUGCUGUAUCAGAAGACGACCAGAAACUCUUAUCUGGAAAAAAUGGAUGGUCCAGCUCGGGCGUCUAGUAACAUGGAUCGCUUUGAGAGAUGCUUUUCCAUAUUUAAGCUUCAGAAAUCUGCUGUGAGCUGCAAGUCGAGUUCCACUGCUUCUGCUGAGGACGUCAGUACAGCACGUGAAAGUGAACGACCCGGUGAGCAUCAUUCAGAAGCGUCCGGCUGGAGAGCUGUACGGGUCGAUCUGGUGGUCAGUCCCUACAGUCAGUUUGCCUUCGCCACUCUCGGAUGGACCGGCUCAAAGCUGUUUGAGAGGGAGUUGAGACGGUGGGCGGGGCAAGAGAAGCACAUGUCCUUGAGCAGCCACGCCCUCUACGACAGCAAACAGAAUCUGUAUCUCAGAGCAAAGAAGGAAGAGGAGAUUUUUGCCUACCUGGGUCUGGAGUUUAUUCCUCCAUCCGAGCGAAAUGCCUGAAUCUGUCCGUUUUUGAUUAUCACUACAAAUGUGCCAGUGCUUCCAUCGACGAGCCUUAUAUUUUAGCUCCCAGUUAUGAUCAGAUCACAUUUAUAGGACACGAUGGAAAAGAGUCAGGUAUCUGAUGUUUUUUAUUCAGUCAUUUUCCGAUAACUUAAUCAAUCGCACAGUGUUUUUCACCAUAUGCAUAUGCGGUUUCAAGUUCUAACGUGGUUCUUUGUAAAUAAUGUGUAGUAUAGUAUACUUCUUCUAGAUGUUCAUAAGAUAACUCUUUGAAACUUGAACAUAAAAUGAGUUAUGUCUUAUUUUAUACUUUGGAUAAAUGACCAUAGGGAUGAAUGACCAUAGGUGGUUUUCAUGUAAUAUCCUCUCUACUUACUGCACUGGCACAUAUUGGUUAUUCAACAUAUAAAUGUUCUACUGACAUUUGUAGAGAUGCCUUAUUUCUUAUGGAGGCUCAAGUUUUUGUGAGAGGGAAUAUUUGAUGCAUAUGUAGACGUUAUUGCAUACAUGCAGGAUGUAUUUGUGGUUAGGUGAUGCUUGACAUUAUUCUAACGUCCUUUUUGUGCACCUGGUUCAUUUUGACCCGCUUUCCCCAACCGCCUAACAUCCAUACAUGCUCACUGUAUAUUAGAAAUGCUUUCUUCUUGAGUGCCUCGUGGGGAAGAACAGACUACAUAACCAAAGAAAAUACAGAAAAAAAAAGUCACAGACUUUUUUUUCUAGAAUUGUAAUCUGCUUAGAACCUACUUAAAAUAAGAACAAUUUUCUAAAAAUACAGAAUUUCUUUAUGAUGUUAAGAACUAGGGAUGCACGAUAUUGGACUUUUGCCGAUAUCCAAUAUGUCGAUAUUUUUCAACUCAUUU